AUGACUGAUUCUGCUGAUUUUCAGUCUACUCAACCUCAGUUAGCUCAGCAGCUUGUAGAGGCAGCCAAGAAAGCUUUCGACCCGUCAUCUGAAACGGAAACCCGCAAGCAUGCCUCAAGAGCCUAUAAUGAUAUCAUCGAAAAGACUGAGACGUGGAGUCUUAUACCAAUAUUGAACUCGCUGAUCAAGCCCGACGCACUUCCAACAUGGUUGCGUGAACCGUUUCUUGAAGCUCUUACCUUGGUGCCCAUGAGACCCGACGGAGUUCGCGGAACCUUGGAGUUUGUGUUUUCUGUCCACCCCAGUACUCAAGUCACUGCUACGGAUUCCCAGCAACCACAAAAGCAUGGUGCGAACAUCACUCAUGAAGCUGUGGCUGUUGCCACGAGACUCUUGUCGAUAGUACCAUCUACCCUAAAGGCGGAGGAAUGGUUUGAGGCAAUUGGGCCACAGCUACUUCGUUUGUUUGACGGGGAGGCCGGUUCGGACUUGGCCAAAACCGCUGCUCAAAUAGUUGGGUUUGGGAUUCUUGGCAAAAAGGCUACAGGUGCCCCAGGGACACCGGGAUGGAAUGUCUUUGCGCAACCACUGCUUGAAACGAUAAAUCCAUCACUUAAAAAAGGGAAAGUCGACACACUUGACGGCAAAAAUGAAAACGACGACGACGAGGUUAUCGACCUGACUAGAGACAAGGUCAUAGUUUCCGACACACAACUUGAGCAAGCGUUGAGGCGGCUGAAAGUCUUGAUUCUGUCAAAUCCCUCACCCGGUCUAUGUAUGAGACUGUUGAAGCCGAUUCUUCUCCAGCUAUGGGCGCUUGCUUCCAUCUCAAAUCCGCCAGAGGCUAUUUCGCAAAGAUACUACAACGCAGCACAGGCUCUGUUCCAAACCUACCUGAAGCUCUUUGGGAAGACAGAAAAUAUUCAUCCCAUAAUCCAAAAUAUCCUCUGCCAAGGUUCUUCUGAUGAGUCACGCCCCGUCUGGCAGUACCGACCCGUUGAUCGGUCCAAUAUCGAUAUAAUAAGACCAAAUCAGUCCCAGAUUGAUGGCUCACUUAACUUGUCCGAGGUAGAUACAAAGGCUGAUAGGCUUGUGCAGAUUCUUAUGAAGGUUUGCUCGAAUGAAGAGGUCUCCGCCGUUUUUCUUUUCCUCAUGCGUCGCUGGGUACGAGUGAUGGAGGAGCAAGGCAACCCUGGAAUUAGAACCACGUCCAGUGACGAGCCCAGGGUUACUCCAUUCCAAGACCUGGCUGAGGUUGCCGUGUUACAGAAGCUCCUAGAGCUGUCACCCGAGAAAUUAGUCGGCCAAUUUGACCAACUUUUAGACAUAAUUUGUCAAAUUUUCAAGGGCGAUGGCAGCACUCCGCUCGGAGACGAUGUCAUCUCUGUUGUGCUCAGUCUUCUCAACCUGGUUGUCACUGCAUCGAGUUUCCGAAGAUCAGAUAUCAAGCCCGAAGACAUGAAGCUGAUUGAGGAUUCCUUGGAUAGAAUAAGCAAGUCCGAUAGCUCCAGUGUGUCCGGCACUGCCAAGAACUUAGCCAUGUUACUCAAGUAUAGGGACGAGAUGGACCCAGGUUCAACAGAAACAUCAUCUGCCCCAUCAGUUCGCCAGAUUGAGGAUAAGAGAUUGUAUAAUCUGGCCAUGAGCUACAUCACAGGAGACGCCGAUAACCCCCCACCCGUUGUUUCCGAGGGCCUCAACAUACUUUCGACACUCAUAUUAGCAGAAAGCCCUAUCCUGGAUGUCACAGCUGUCACAGUCCUAAUUUCAAAUUUGCUGAAGGACAAUGAGGACUACAUUAAUCUUAGGGUGGUAAAGGUCUUUACCCAAUUGGCCAACAAGCACCCCAAAUCAACGAUGCAGGAGCUGGUUGAUAACUACUUGGACUCUCAAGAAAAAUUGACUACUGAUGUUCGACUGAGGUUUGGAGAGGCCCUUGUCCAAGUUAUUGAACGCCUCGGGGAAACAUUCGCGGGCGAUGUGGCUAAAAAUACAUCGGAAACGCUACUGGCCAUCGCUGGGCGGCGGGGAUACAGACCCAAAACCAUGGCCAAACAAGCCCGCGAAGAGAAGCUUGCAGCCUUGAAGAAGUCACAGCCCUCGAGUAGUAAGGAUGACGAUGAGGAUAUGGACCUCGACGAUGACAAUAAUACUACAGAAGAGGAGAAAGCUGGUAACGCCAUUAUAGCGCAAAUACUACAAGGCUGGGAGAGCAAACGUGGCACGGAAGAUGUUCGAAUGAGAGCGUCCGCCCUUUCCAUCUUUGGUGUUGCCUUGGAGACCAACAUUGUCGGUAUUGGACCGACUAUUGUAUCAAAUGCCGUUGAUCUCUGCAUCAAUGUCCUGGCCAUUGAGAGAGAUCUGGAAUAUGGAAUCCUGCGUAGAGCAGCUAUUGUCGCUGUCUUGAGCUUUGUGCGGGCAUUGGACCAGGCAAGAGAAUCUGGCCACACGCUUGGUUUUGGGCUUACGGAUUCCAGUCGUGAAGAUAUUCAACGGACUUUGAAUUAUGUGGCAGACACGGAUAACGAUGGAGUUGUGCAGCAACAUGCCCGAGACGUGGUGGAAAGUCUGGGGAACUGGCAUGCAAGCAGUCUGCUCUCUCAACCAACGCUUGCAAAUCCCGACGGUCUGGCUCGUCUGGCAGGGCUGACGGUCAAUCCUGAAGCAAAUAGGAGCGACAUAUCCAAGCAACCUCGCCCCAGAAUAGAAGAGGUGGAAUGA